GUCUGACGACCGGGCGUGGGAACUAAAAAAACUGUUUUCUAAAAAACUACGAACAGUUGGAGCAAGAUAUUUCGCACACAUAUUCAGUGUUCGGUAAUGAACACACAGCGCGAGUAUCGCUCAGUUCUGCGGCACUUCAAAAUCGGCAUAUCUGACCUUUAACAUAUAAUUGGAAAUUUUCUUUGCAACAUUUCCAUGUCAGGGCUAUUUCGAACAGUAUUAUUUUGGUUGAUCGACGUCGGUGUAAUGUUGAUGGCUGAUGACUUACGACUACGAGUUGUAAACAAAAACAAAAGACGAAGUUCUAGCGGUUCUAGGUUCUAGUUCUAGGACGAGCUUGCGAAGUGAAGUCGUCGAAGUACUCCGACGUCCGUGUGCUGCGAUUUCGGCGAGUGUGGUCAAACGAAGGCGAAAAGCAAUUGGACAGAGAGGGUCACAUUUAGAGCUAAAACGGCGGAGAUCACUUUACCUAGUCGUAUAUUACUUCGCUUGGUAGUACGCCUAGAAUAUCGACAGUAUGUCCAAAUAUCGAACCAUCUCCAAUUUUGUAGUACUAUAAGCAUGGCAGAUAGACUCUCAGGCGUUGCUAUCAUCAUUUGCAUUGGCCUCGGGGUUAUGAUGCUGUUGUUGCUGUUCAUAUUCGCAAAACGUCAAAUCAUGAGGUUCACUUUGAAGUCGAAAAACAGUCCUCACUUUCCUAUUGGAUACGGAGUGUCAAAGUCACUUCACGAUGAAGUUGACAGGCGACUGUUGACCAUUAAGGACAUCACUUAUGAACCUGUGCUUUUAAAACAACAAGAGGGAAUGCAUUUCACUGGAGGAAAUAGUCUGGCUCAAAUUCUGCUUUUUACAGUCCGCCCGCCUCACCUCUUGCGGAUGAAAGCUGUAGACUGCCUAGCAACUUUAGAAGCUGACCUGCAAUCUGCCGACAAGACGAGAGUCCGAUGUCCUGGUCAGGAUGUGAGGGUGUUCCUACUCAGACAGCUUCAAGACGGUCCGCUGGCAAACUGUGACCCAAGAAACGUGUACAGGUUUCUCGAUCUGUACGAACAGGCUCGUCAUAGUCCGAAGGACUUUGCUGAAGAACAAUACAUGGCAUACAUGCACAUCCUCGAAGAACUGCGAUCGUGCAUCAACAUACCAAACAUGAAUGGCCCUAAGAGGUAUGCUGCUCCUCAGCGGCCCAACACAUCCGCAGAGUUAUCUCCCGUUAACUUCUCGUCGACAACAGACUUGACGACUGCAGUUGUUACAAAUGGCACGGAGCCGCUGACGAGCUGUCGUCCAACAUCGCUAUCGUUCGCGGAGGCUGAAGAGAAAAACCGCGACGCUGCUCUCGAAACAUCCGUAUGACACCGGCUGUUGUCUCGGCGGAGAGAUCUCAUGAUAAUUGCGUGACCAGUUGCAGUACGGCUGCUUAUAUGUGUACAUAAUGUCUGAUGUGUGGCGUGGACUAUGAUGUAUAUAAUGACAAUAGCAGGGAUGUUGACGUUCUUGAAUACUUCCUAUGGAAGUGAAAUCAAUGGUAUUAGAAUGGAAUAAAGGCUUUCAAUAUAGCA